AUGGACCAUCAUUUUUUACCUCCUUCCCUCUGGACCAGUGAGGGUAAAUUCCUCCACCCCCACGCGACAGUCCUCUACUCCAGCGUACAUGUCACAUGCAAUAUCCCUGCUGGGGCACAGUUCGGCCCAUGCAUCCUUCAGAACACGUUCUAUGACACCAUCGCCUUUAUAGCGCUAAAAUCCUGCGACAAGAGAAGCAAAUCAUACGUGUUCAGGGUAAGUUAAUUUUAUAUUUAAUAACACAAUUUGGCUUGCAAGCUGGGAUACCACGCAGAGACAUAAGGAUGCCACACAGAGACUCAUAGGCUAAAUCAAAAUCUUCUUAAAAAAUAUAAACAACAAAAUGGCUUGUUCUACAAUGAGAUAUUUUUGUUGAUAUAGACAUUCAGUCAUCCAUAUACCAGUGGGAAAUGAUUGACCAGCCAUUACAUUUACACCUUUACAAAUUCCAAUCAAUUCAAUGUUUUCACCAUGAUUGAGGAGAGGUGAUACUCAUUUAAAUAUUGACAAUGAUGUCUCUAUGAAUGAAUAUUCAUAAUUAUUUCUCUGAACAGGUGGACCCAGAGGCUAUGCGGAGCUCUGCUCUCGUGCUGUCCUGGCUGCGGCUGGUGCAGGCAGCACGUGACCGGGAGGAGCAGAACACCGAAGCGUUCCUGAAGGGAGGCCAGCUGUAUUUCCGGACCACCAGGGACAUCCAUCAGGAAGAGGAAUUGUUGGUGUGGUAUGACCAGGAGCUGUCACAUCUACUGGGCUUCACUGACAUCUCAACCAGAGGACAUAAUGCCGGUGAGAGAAAUAGAGAAACUUGGGAAAGUGCUAUAGAAAUACAGCUCUUUAUCAGCACCCUAACCAAAAAGAUCCUAUCCUGUAGGAUUUUAUCUUAUAGGAUUCAAUACAAGAAUCCAAUGGAAGAAUCCUAUCAGAUUUUGGAACCAGUCCUAUUGGAAUCCUAUGGGAUUAUAUCCUAUAGGACUGGUUUCAAAAUCUGCUAGGGUUUUUCUAUUGGAUUCUUGUAUUGAAAUCUUAUUCAAUAAAAUCAUAUAGGAUAGAAUCCCAUAGGAAUCCAACAGGACUGGUUCCAAAAUAUGGUACGAUUUGUCUAUUGAAUUAUUGUAUUGGAAUCCUAUAAGAUAAAAUUCUAUAGUAUCCCAUAGGAGUCCAAUAGGACUGGUUCCAAAAUCUGGUACGAUUUGUCUAUUGAAUUAUUGUAUUGGAAUCCUAUAAGAUAAAAUCCUAUAGUAUCCCAUAGGAGUCCAAUAGGACUGGUUUCAAAAUCUGAUAGGAUUGAAUCACUCCCAUAUUGUGCUGGUAUGUUGAAGAGGUUGAGAACCUCAGGGAAUUAUUACUGGUGUGAGUAGGCGAAGAGAUGAAGAUUGUGCUCCGUAGAGACAUGGGAGAGAGACUGUUCCUCAGUUUACUGGUCUGAUUGCAGUUUAACAUAAAUGUUCAGGUUUCUGUGCCAUAUUUAGCUGUGAGAUUGUCUAAUAAAGCUCCAUAUUACAUUAUUUUAGCGCUAAGUUCCUGUACGUGGACUGUAUGUGUUACUAUAUUACACAACCUCACGUUUUGACCACAGAUUAGUGAUGUUAGUAUAAACAUUUAUAGUAAUCACUACACAAAAUGGAUUGCUUAAAACAGAUCAAUAUCAUUGGUUUUGUACCGUUGAUUCUGUCAUACGUGCCGGCGGUCGAAUUCUACUAUCAUUUUCAAACUCAAAUGGCAGGGAAAAUUCGGGGCGCAUGCUCUAUAAAACUUGCUUGCAUCACACCAAUACAUACAUUUGAGAGUCAAACUAUCACUCAAAUAACAGCCGACCCUUGUCACUAUUGAUAUCCAAUGGCGGGUCGUGAUUCGUUGAAGUUAAAUAACAAAGCAACUGAUUUGUUUCCUUACCCGUUUUAGCAGCCUUACAAAACUUCCAUCCGACAUUCUAGAAUUUAGAUGAUUUUCUUCAGCAAAUUCUCUUCUAACCAUUGCUAUUCAAAUUAUUCUCAGAUUCAGUGUGGCCUUUGAAUAGUGUUAGUUUAAACAGUGCAUACACACCAAAUGUCUGCCACUGCUCUAUAGAUUUCAAAUGUAUAUGAGUGAUUAACAAAAUAGUGUUGCGUUUAGCUUUCUGCGUUGGCGACCCACUUGAAACAAAAUGCAACAAUCCAAAAUGUAGCUGGCUGUCUUCUACAAGUUGUCCUCUAACCAGUGAUAUACAUAUUAUUCCCAGAUAUUUGUUGUUGUUGUGAGGUUAGUUUGAACAGGAUGUGCAACCCGACUCCCCCCCUCUUGUUCUAUUGAUUUCAACAUGACAUCAAUAUGAGUGAUUGAUUGACAAAUAAGUGUUUGUGUUGUGUUUCCGUUUCGGUAACCCCCAAAUCAAAAUGCAUCACGCCAAAAUGUAGCUGGUUGUCUUUAGCAGAUUCUUCUCUAACAAGAGUUGCAAACAAUAUUUCCAAUUUCACAUGUGGUUUUUGAGUUGUGUUAGUUUCAACAGUGCAUACAACCUGAUUUCCCCCUAAUCAAUAUGAGUGAUUAAUUGCCACUUGUCAAAGCAACAGGUGGGGAGCUGAACUUGGUAGUUAAUUAACACUGCAAGACCUGCUAGCUGUGAUGUCAUCAAUCACUCUUAAAGGGACAGCUUUCUUAAAGGUGAAUAAAACAGAAAUUAAUAUAGAACUGUUGUUUCUGAUCAACGAAAAUAUUGUUAUUAAUGUUGUUGUAUUGUACUAGAACUUAUGACAACAACUUAUAAUUUAUUGGGUUCAAUUUAGAAAAAAAGUUCUAACAGGAUUCUGAUUGGGGUGACAAAAUCCUACAAGAAUGAUCAAAACCUAUAGGAUCCAAUCGGACUACAUUUGAUUUCCAAUAGGAAAGAAAGUACUCCAAUAGGAUUCUGAUAGAGGUGACACAAAACCCUAUAGGAAUGUGAGAAUCCUAUAGGAUUCUAUUGGAAAAAUAAUUAAUCCUAUAGGAUAUUUUGACAAGGGCAUCUGCAUCUUUUUCAUGAUCAUCCUCAAAAGAUAGGCCUACUAAUGUUACCCUUGUUGUUUUGUUGUUUCAGAAUUUGUCAGGAGUUUUGUUGUAGCCUGUGCGUAAAUGCGUAAUGGAACUGACAAAAUGAAGAGACGUACUGAAAAUGUUCAAACAUAUGUGGACUAUUGUUAUUUAUUUACAUUAUGUCUGACUUCAUUUUGCACCAAUGUGUUUUGUAAUGUACAUAUUAACUAACAAAAUGUAUAUAUCUUCACAGAGCUCAAAUGCGCAAAAUGUAACCAGGUCUUCAAGAACGAGCAUCCCUACUUGGCCCACUGCCGCUUCCUGUGCGCGCAGGUGAAGAAUGACAUGCCGAGCAGAGAGGCCUACGAACACAAACACAUGGAAAUAAAGCGGCAACACCGCAUCACAGACUUCCACAACAUCGCCAGGGAUCUGGAACGUAAAAAAUCCAGCGCCAGCGAGGAAGCAGAGAUUUCUCUGCGGAAAAGGAAGCACCAGGAGACGGAUUACCCCCGAUGGAGGAAACCGGUGUUACUGGAGAAAACCAAUAUCUUGAAUGACAACAUCACACAGAUAACCAGAGACUACCACCUCAUUGCGCCAGAGUCAACUGGCUCUGCCUUGAAACUGAAGGCGGAGAAGUACCAUAUCAAAAGGGACCGAGUGGAAUGUAAAAAUAGUGCGUUUACAGAAGUAGGAGCAGCGAAAAUUAGUUUCAUACACGAACAAGAAAAACCAACAGAUUCUGAGACAGUGAUGGAGAUGAGCUCUGGUUUGAACGCAAACAGCAGUGUGUUUUCAUUCGUUCUGCGCAGUGGACAGGAGGAGCAGAAAAGUGCUUUCUGUAAACCCAGUAAAAGGACUUCUUCUAACCGCUCUACAGCUCACCCAUCCAACACACCUGCCCCAUCGAACUACCUAGAGGACGUGAGAGACAUUUUUACCUCAAAGACUGUUCUGGGAUACAACAAUUUGUUGGCAUCUAAUAUGUUGAAUGGUGAUUUACCUGGCGCACAGACCCUACCCACACCGGUUACUGGCAACGCUUUUCCCUACCCUCCAGAGCACUGGUCCAGGAGCAUUGGAGCCCAACUACAAAGCACGUCAUCGAUUCUUCCUCCAACAUUUAGCUCCUUUGGGGUGUCAGUGCAGAACUGGUGCGCCAAGUGUAACCUCUCCUUCCGCAUGACUUCAGACCUGGUGUUCCACAUGCGCUCCCACCACAAGAAGGAGUUUGCGGCGGAGUCCCAGGUGAGGAGGCGAGAGGAGAAACUCACCUGCCCUAUCUGCCAUGAGUUCUUCCGGGAACGGCACCACCUGUCACGCCACAUGACGUCUCACAAUUAA